AUGUUGCGCCGCUAUGCCACAGACAUCUGUGACAAUGGUCGAAAGAAUCUUUAUAUGGCCGCGUUCAUGGGAGGCAAUCAUUGGGUUGCCGUUUGUGUUGAUUUUGCACAGAAACAUAUUAGAUGUGGGAAUUCUUUGCCAAACACGAAGACCGAGCGGCAGAUCAUGAGGAAUCUGCAGGCAUGGUUGAAACAUGCUUUCAAGCUGCAAUUUUGUGAUUCAGGAAACAUGCUCACCUGUGGGAAGCAGCAAGACUCUAACUCAUGCGGUGUCUGUACAAUCAAAACUAUUGAACAUCAUCUUUUCGGCACAGAGGUCUUUACACAUGCCAAGCGUCAAUCUUGGCGGAUUCGUUACUUUAUUCGUCUAGCCAAAUCCCACAAUGAUUCCAUCGUGAGCAUAUAA